GCUUUGUGUGAAUCGCAAGACUCGCACCCAAAGCACGUGUCCUCUCAAUCGACAAUGUCUUCUGUGGGCACUUUGGCCUUCGAUGAGUUCGGCCGACCCUUCUUUAUACUCAAAGAUCAGGACAAACAGCGAAGACUUGUCGGCAAUGAAGCCAUCAAAACACACAUAUUGGCGGCGCGUUCUGUGGCCAACACUUUGAGAAGUUCUUUGGGACCAAAAGGCUUGGAUAAGAUGAUGGUAUCACCCGAUGGAGACGUGACGGUCACUAAUGACGGCGCGACUAUACUUAAGAUGAUGGACGUCGAGCACCAAAUCGCUAAACUGAUGGUCCAAUUGUCUCAAUCGCAAGACGACGAGAUUGGCGACGGAACCACUGGUGUUGUCGUCCUCGCGGGUGCGCUCUUAGAACAGGCGGAGAUAUUGGUAGACAAAGGCAUUCAUCCGAUUCGGAUCGCCGAUGGCUUCGAGAUGGCGGCCAGACAUGCGAUGCAACACUUGGAUAAGAUUAGCGACAGCUUUACUGUCGAUGCGAACAAUUUGGAGCCUUUAAUACAGACAGCGAUGACUACAUUGAGCUCUAAGAUAGUGAACCGGUGUUUGAGACAAUUCGCCGAAAUAGCGGUCAAUGCAGUCAUAUCUGUGGCCGAUUUGGACCGAAAAGAUGUCUGCUUUGAGUUGAUUAAAGUCGAGGGAAAGACCGGCGGAAGACUAGAGGACUCAAUGUUAGUGAAGGGCGUUGUUGUGGACAAAGACUUCAGUCACCCGCAGAUGCCUAAAGAGCUGCGAAACGUGAAGAUAGCGAUCCUGACGUGUCCUUUCGAACCACCAAAACCUAAGACCAAACAUAAGUUGGACGUGACUUCUGUCGAAGACUAUCGUUUGCUCCGUAAAUACGAACACCAGAAGUUUGAACAAAUGGUGGAUCAGGUGAAGGCCACGGGAUCUACUCUUGUCAUCUGUCAGUGGGGUUUCGACGACGAGGCCAAUCAUCUGCUCCUUCAGAAGGAUUUGCCAGCCGUUCGUUGGGUCGGCGGACCGGAGAUAGAGCUGAUAGCGAUCGCGACCGGCGGUCGAAUUGUGCCGCACUCGCACCCAAAGCACGUGUCCUCUCAAUCGACAAUGUCUUCUGUGGGCACUUUGGCCUUCGAUGAGUUCGGCCGACCCUUCUUUAUACUCAAAGAUCAGGACAAACAGCGAAGACUUGUCGGCAAUGAAGCCAUCAAAACACACAUAUUGGCGGCGCGUUCUGUGGCCAACACUUUGAGAAGUUCUUUGGGACCAAAAGGCUUGGAUAAGAUGAUGGUAUCACCCGAUGGAGACGUGACGGUCACUAAUGACGGCGCGACUAUACUUAAGAUGAUGGACGUCGAGCACCAAAUCGCUAAACUGAUGGUCCAAUUGUCUCAAUCGCAAGACGACGAGAUUGGCGACGGAACCACUGGUGUUGUCGUCCUCGCGGGUGCGCUCUUAGAACAGGCGGAGAUAUUGGUAGACAAAGGCAUUCAUCCGAUUCGGAUCGCCGAUGGCUUCGAGAUGGCGGCCAGACAUGCGAUGCAACACUUGGAUAAGAUUAGCGACAGCUUUACUGUCGAUGCGAACAAUUUGGAGCCUUUAAUACAGACAGCGAUGACUACAUUGAGCUCUAAGAUAGUGAACCGGUGUUUGAGACAAUUCGCCGAAAUAGCGGUCAAUGCAGUCAUAUCUGUGGCCGAUUUGGACCGAAAAGAUGUCUGCUUUGAGUUGAUUAAAGUCGAGGGAAAGACCGGCGGAAGACUAGAGGACUCAAUGUUAGUGAAGGGCGUUGUUGUGGACAAAGACUUCAGUCACCCGCAGAUGCCUAAAGAGCUGCGAAACGUGAAGAUAGCGAUCCUGACGUGUCCUUUCGAACCACCAAAACCUAAGACCAAACAUAAGUUGGACGUGACUUCUGUCGAAGACUAUCGUUUGCUCCGUAAAUACGAACACCAGAAGUUUGAACAAAUGGUGGAUCAGGUGAAGGCCACGGGAUCUACUCUUGUCAUCUGUCAGUGGGGUUUCGACGACGAGGCCAAUCAUCUGCUUCUUCAGAAGGAUUUGCCAGCCGUUCGAUGGGUCGGCGGACCGGAGAUAGAGCUGAUAGCGAUCGCGACCGGCGGUCGAAUUGUGCCGCGUUUUGAAGAACUCACUCCCGAGAAGUUAGGUUUUGCCGGUAUUGUCCGCGAACUGUCUUUCGGAACCACUAAAGACAAGAUGCUUGUCAUCGAGGAGUGUAAGAACACGCGAGCGGUGACUGUCUUCCUCCGCGGCGGCAAUAAGAUGAUCGUCGAGGAGGCGAAACGCAGUCUACACGACGCCCUCUGCGUUGUCCGCAAUCUCGUCAAAGACAACCGCAUAGUCUAUGGCGGCGGCGCCGCAGAGAUCGCCUGCUCUGUUGUGGUGGCAGAAGAAGCCGAUAAGAUCUCGACGUUAGAACAGUACGCCUACCGCGCGUUCGCCGACGCUCUCGAGUCCAUUCCCAUGGCUUUGGCAGAGAAUAGCGGACUCGCGUCCAUCGAAACGGUCACCGAAAUCAAGUCGAGACAAAUCAAAGAAAAGAACCCAUGGCUUGGAAUCGAUUGUCUCAACAAAGGAACCUCUGACAUGAAAGUACAGCACGUGAUCGAGACGUUGACGAGUAAGAAGCAGCAGAUAAGUUUGGCCACACAAUUGGUCAAAAUGAUCCUUAAGAUCGAUGACAUCCGAUCCAAUGAAGGCAUGUUUGGCUGAUAACUCCCUUCACACCAUUGUUUUUGUAAUCAAGUUUUGAUUUUAAUAAAUUUUCUUUAAUCUAA